UGCAGGGACAGCACAGCCACCGGAAACGUCCGGUGUUGAUAUUAGGGUUAAGGUUACGGUCAACCGAUCUUGCCUUUUGCCCUCAUCAUCUGCUUUUUUUUCUUUGCAGUGCACAGCUGAAGUUUCUUCUGUAUGUCUCAAGAUGAAUAUGCUGGUGACAAGACCCAACCGAGCGAAGAGAUUAUCGCGGCUCUGAACAGUCCAGUCAAGACCGAGCCGUCGUCACAGAGCCUGCCACCGUUGUCCGAAUUCGAUUCCUUGCGUGCCCAAUUAGCGGAGAAACCACACAGUCCUGCUCUCUGGAAGAGACUUGUUGAGAUUGCUGAGCAAAGUGGAGAAACGGAGAAGAUAAAAAUCGCUUUCGAUUCGUUGCUAAAGCAAUAUCCAAACACAUCUGCGGCCCAAAUUUCGUACAUUAGCCACUACCUUGACAAUCCCAAGACUUUUGGCGAAGCUGAGGCGCUGUUCACGACUUUCUUGAAGCAUUCUCCUUCCGUGGACCUAUUUCGAUUUUAUCUAACCUAUGUCAGACGCGUACAUUCUGAUCCCACCAAACGAGAUCCCGCCAAACGAGAAGUCGUCAGGAAGGCGUACGAAUUUGCAUUGAAUCCGCCCCAUGGCGUCGGCCAGGACAAGGACGCAGGUGAUAUCUGGCACGAUUAUAUCCAGUUUUUGAGUGAGAGCGAGGCUACGGCGACAACUACCUGGGAUCAACAGCAAAACAUGGAUGCGCUACGCAAGGUCUAUCACCGUGCUGUUCAAAUACCACUCGACAACGUAGAGAAGCUUUGGCAAGACUUGGAAGCAUUCGAAAUGAAACUGAACAAGAUCACUGCAAAGAAGUUCAUGGCCGACCUUUCACCGGCACAUAUGCAAGCGCGAACAGUGUAUCGGCAGUUGAAUAACUAUGUAUCGACCUUGUACCCUCCUUCAACUGGCCGGCCAGAACUCUUUUUGCCCUCAUUGCCCUCGUUCGAUCCCGCAGAACGCUCUACAGUCGGCAAGUGGAAAGCGUACUUGAAAUGGGAAGAAAGCAAUCCUCUUGAAAUCGAAGACAAGGACAAGGCUCUAUUGAUCCUACGCGUACAGACUGUGUAUCGGAAGGCAGUCAUUAGAAUGCGAUACUUUCCUGAAAUUUGGUACAUGGCAUAUACGUGGACCAAGAGCAUCGGCAAGAAUGAAGAAGCAAUAUCCAUUCUCAAGAACGGGCGCGAAGCGAAUCCACUGAGCUUUCUCCUCACGUUUGCCUACGCAGAAGCACUCGAAGCCAACAAAAAAUAUGAUGAAGUCAAGGCUACCUUUGAUACCUUCCUCGCGAACUUGAGAACGGAUCUUGAAGCAGUUGAGCAGCAAGUCAAAUCCGCCAAUUCAUCCUUCAGUAGCGCCAACGGAGAUAUUCCUGGUGUACAGCCUCCGGCCAACGAAACAGGAAGUCAAUCAAAUAAUUAUUCCUUCAAUAGCCAGUCGUCUGAUGAGACGCCUCCAAAAUCGAGUGAACUUGCCGAGAAGCGGGCAGAGUACGGCUUAGUGUAUAUUUGUUACAUGCGGUUUUCGCGACGUUCGGAAGGUGUGCAUAAGUCUCGGCUUGUGUUUUCGGCGGCGAGGAAGGAUCGCUGGAUACCUUGGGAAGUAUACGAAGCAGCAGCGCUUAUGGAGUAUCAUUGCACCAAUGACAAGAGUAUCGCGAGUCGGAUCUUUGAAAAAGGUCUCAGCACCUUUGGCACCGAGAUUGAGUUCGUCAUACGUUAUCUGGCGUUUCUUAUCUCGAUAAAUGAUGAGAACAACGCACGAGCAUUGUUUGAGCGCGUCAUUGGUACUUUCCCUCCUGAAAAGGCCCGACCGCUCUGGGAACGCUGGGCUCGAUAUGAGUACCAGUACGCUGACCUCGAAGCUGCACUUAAACUUGAGAAAAGGAUGGCUGACGUUUAUCCCAACGAUCCUCCACUGAAGAGGUUUGCCCAACGGCACGUCUACCUGGGCGUCGAUGCUAUCGCUGCCCGAGACCUAGGAGUGGCUAUAGCUAAAAAGAGCACGUCGGCUCUGGGCCGAACCGAUACGAUUCAGAGUCUGCUCGCUCCGCCUCCCACUCCAGUGACAAGUGGCACCAAGAGACCACCAUCGCCCGAGCACCGAAAAUCUCGCGAUGAUAGAGGCAGCGACUAUGGUCCUUCGCACAAGCGCGCUCGUCCGAAUUCACCGCCAUUACGGUCAGAAAGAGAUCGAUGGGAAAGUUCUCGAGAUGGUCCUUCGUCCUCAAGAGGACGACGAUAUAGCCCGGCGCCGCCUUCGAGCAAAGAUCGCGAUCGUCCGCCUCUGCCACCACCACGAAGGCAAGACAAAGAAAAGGACAAAGAGGAAGAUAAACCAGUCACUCUUCCCCCAGUAAUAUCGUACUUCCUAGGCUCACUUCCCUCUGCUUCCGAGUUUGAUGGACCAGUUUUCCGUACUGAGGACUUGAUGAAUCUUUUCCGUAACGCUGUUAUUCCAAGCUCGAGUUCGUCUAGGGCAAGAUCUCCGCCUCCGCCGCCUGUCCCUCCUCGAGGAGGAGGUCGUCCGCCACCAGAUUAUAGCCCAUACCAAGGACCGGGUGGAGGAUCGAGAGGAGGAAGAAGGUACUAAUAAUGAUCGUAAUCAAUCACCACUUUGAUAUGCUUGCGAGUAAAAAAAUUUAUACCUGUUACAUGAUAUACAUACAUAAAAUACAAGA